AAUCAAAUUGGCAAAACAAGUCCUUCUUUUUCCAUUGUUUUGGCUGAGAAAAGCAGGAGGCCAUAAUAGAGAGAAUAGAGAAAAGCUUGAUAGGUCACUAUGAAGAAGCAUCUUACAAAAUAGAUUAUUCUAUUGUAGUAAUUCAAAAUUCAACAAAGUAGCCUAAAAAGCAUGUAGGAAAGCAUAUUAUAAGCUGUAGAUGUCCUAAAUCUUUCAAUAGUUAGGCACCAUGAUUUCCUUAGCCGAUGUCUAUCAUGUAGUGACAGCCACUGUCCCAUUAUAUGUGACUAUGGUUCUUGCUUACAUCUCUGUUAAAUGGUGGAAACUCUUCACCCCUGAACAAUGUUCAGGCAUAAAUAAAUUUGUUGCCAAUUUCUCAGUUCCAAUUUUGUCAUUCCAAGUGAUUUCUUCCAACAACAUUUACAAAAUGAGCCUCAAACUCAUAUAUGCUGACUUUGUUCAGAAAUUGCUUGCAUUUCUAGUCUUCAUAGCAAUCAUUAAGAUCACUGCCAGGGGAGGUUUAAAGUGGAUCAUAACUGGUCUCUCAUUGUCAACACUUCCCAAUACUUUGAUCCUUGGAAUUCCACUCAUGAAGGCUAUGUAUAGGGAUGAAGCUUCUCUUCUCCUCCCUCAGAUUAUUUUCCUACAAAGCAUGGUAUGGUACAAUUUGUUGUUGUUUCUUCAUGAAUUUGAUGCUGCUAUUCCUGCAAGGACCAUGCCUGCUGCACCACCAUCUGAAGGCACAGGAGAUACUGAGACUUCUCAGGAAGUAGAAUCAAAAGAAGGAGAGGAAGGAACAGAACCUAGAACACAAAGGAAAAUGAGGAUCUUGAUCAUUCUUAUAAAAGUGGGGAAGAAAUUAAUCAUAAAUCCUAAUACCUAUGCUACUUUCAUAGGUCUUAUUUGGGCAAGCAUACACUUCAGGUGGGGAGUAGAUAUGCCAGAUGUUGUUAAGCAAUCAAUAGAAAUAUUGUCCAGUGGAGGUCUUGGUAUGGCAACGUUCAGCUUAGGUCUAUUUAUGGCAUCGAACUCCAGCAUCAUAGCAUGUGGACCAAGGAUGACAAUGGUGGCAAUGGGACUAAAAUUUCUAGUUGGACCUGCCAUAAUGGCUGUAGCCUCCAUUGUGAUUGGAUUAAGAGGUAGAAUGCUCAAAGUGGCAAUUGUUCAGGCAGCUCUACCACAAGGAAUUGUUCCCUUUGUUUUUGCUAGAGAGUAUAAUGUCAAUCCAGGCAUUUUAAGCACUGGGGUCUUGCUAGGAAUGCUCAUUGCUUUGCCAGUGGCAGUGACAUACUAUGUUCUCUUAUCCCUCUGAUUCACACUACUAUGUUAAAUAUAUACUAGGACCAGUGACAAUGGAGUUGCUUUAGUGUAAAACUAACAAUUUAC